AUGGAUUUGGGUGGUCGUGUUAAUGGACUGGGGAUUGAGUUAUUGAACCAGUCCAACUACAAGGUAUGGAAGAGUCGUAUGGAGUCAUACCUUGUUGGUGAGGAUUUGUGGGAAGUUGUCAAUGGGAGUAACACAAGUCCUACUGCUGACGCACCAGAAAAUAGCAAUGCACGUAAGAAGUGGAAGCAGAUUCAUGCUAAGGCAGAGUUUAUCCUAAAGAGGUCCAUCUCUCCUAAUUUAUUUGAUCAUAUUAUAAGGUGUAAAUCAGCUCAUGAAAUAUGGAAGACCUUCGAUCGGUUGUUCAACAAGAAGGAUGAAGCUCAGCUACAGAUUUUGGAGAAUGAGUUAGCUAACACCACUCAAGGAUGGGUUCAACAACCAUCUUUGGAAGAAUUUGAGAAUUUGCUAUCGUCACAAGAGCUAUUAGCCAAACAGAUGGCUGGUGUAUCUAUCAAAGAAGGGGAAGGAAAUGCUCUUGUCGCCGAUAAGAGGAACUUUAAAGGGAAAUCAAGAGAUAACAUGCACUUUCAAUCCUCAAGUGGUUCGAGCUCGCCAGGAAAGAAGGGGGAGUCUUCCAGCAAUGGUAAAAAGCCUUUAAAAUGUUACCGUUGUGGCAAACUCGGGCACAUAAAAAGAUAUUGUCGAGUCAAAGAGAGAAAUAUAGCUCAAAUCAAGAAAGUUACUGAAGAAGAAGAAAAAGAAGAAGACUGGGGAAAGGGCUUCACAGCGGAGACUCGAGCAAUAAAUGCCAUGGCUUCCAUAAAUUUUGAAAGAGACUGGAUCGUGGAUUCAGGAUGUGGGCACCAUCUCACUGGAGAUCAAUCCAAAUUCUCCACUUUUCACGAAUACAACGGACAUGAUGUCAUUGUUACAGCAGAUAAAUACAGUCCAUAA